AUGAGGAUUUCUUACCGCUCAAAUUCAUUUCGCUUCUUCAUCAUCUUCAUUUCUUUUUUCUUUAUAUAUUUUUCAUUUCUAAAGAAAAAAACUAAUGAAGAUUUGAAAAUAUCUUCACGUUUUGAGAUCCCAACCAAUAAGUACUCCUCUAUACUGGGUCCUAAACUUGACAAGCUUCCUAAUCAAGAUGAUGCUAAAAAAUUAUUUCAACUAUGGAAGAAAGAACAUGGACGAGUCUAUCGUGAUCAAGAAGAGAUGUCAAAGAAAUUUGACAUUUUUGUUACAAAUUUGAAGUAUAUCACAGAGAGUAAUGCAAAGAGAGAGUCACCUCAUAGCGCACUUCUUGGUCUGACCAAAUUGGCUGAUUGGAGCUUCAAGGAGUUCAAAGAAAAAUACAUGACCAUGAACACUGACACCAUGAAUAUUGUGAACACCGAUGAUGCUCGUGGCUCAACAUGUAGUAAUCCACCUCGAUCCUGGGAUUGGAGGAAAGAAAACGCUGUUACUUCUGUUAAGGAUCAAGGCCCUUGUUGUGGUAGUUGCGCGUCAUUCUCAGCAGUUGGUGCCAUUGAAGGAAUAGUUGCAAUAGUGACAGGGAAGCUUCUCGAUCUUUCAGCACAAGAGCUUGUGGAUUGUAUAGGUAAUGGUUGCAAAGGGGUAUUUGUAUACGAAGCGUUCCAAUGGAUUUUAAAUAAAAAUAAAAAAGGGCUUGCAUUGGAGAGUAAAUACCCUUAUACAGGAGUGGUGGUGCCUUGCAAAGCCUCAAAGAUUCAAAACAGUGCAACUAGUAAGAUUGAUUCAUUUUAUCACGUUGAUAAAUCAGACAAGGCACUAUUGUGUGCAGUUGCCAAACAACCAAUUAGUAUCUGUAUUUAUGCAGCCACACAAGAAUUUCAACAUUAUUACAACGGAAUACUUCAAGGUCGAGGUUGCCCGGUGGAUUCUACGGAUAUAACUCACUGCAUGUUAAUAGUGGGUUAUGACUCUUAUGAAGGUCAAGAUUAUUGGAUAGUAAAAAACUCAUAUGGCAAAUAUUGGGGAAUGAAUGGUUAUAUGUAUAUCAAAAGGAACACUCCUAAAAAGUAUGGAGUGUGUGCAAUUAAUGCAUGGGGUACAUACCCAAACAAAAAGAAAUGA